UGGCACUGCUGGGUUCCUUCCACCAGAACGCUCUGUGCACGGUGGGGUCAAAGGGAAACUGUGUGCAAAGGGGACCCCACACACUCUCAGGCUGCGUAAGGAAGGAGGUUCUCCUGAUUAGGGAGUUUCUUUAAUUCCUCACAGAAUAGGCAGGCAAAUCCCAGAUUAACCUGGCAGGGUGGGAAGAGGAUUAGAAAGGCAGUUCCAUUUGGCAGCUGGCAGAACACAACAGAGUACAUCACGUUGGGGUAGUGUUAUCCUGCGUGCUGAGGAAGGGGAAAGGGCUGCUGUAGUGUGGGUGCAGCCAGCACAGAAAGCAGGAGGCUGGUGGCAGCUCUGGGAGAUGACAUGCCUGUAGUCUGGAAAGGGAGCUGCCUCAAGGAGAACGCUGAGCCUGGGGAGGCCCUGGGUGCACACGGGUGCGUGCAUGUGUGGGACCUGUCCUGGGGGCAGCCAUGGAGGAAACGUACCUGCUGAAUGUGGAAGGGGUCAGAAAGAAGAUCCUGCACGGAGGCCGAGGGGAGCUGCCGAAGUUCCAGGAUGGGAGCAAGAUCACUUUCCACUUCCAGACACUGAAGGACAACUUUGAGCGGACGGUGAUCGAUGACAGCCGGGAGGCCGGCAUGCCCAUGGAGAUCAUCGUGGGCAAGAUGUUCAAGAUUGAGAUCUGGGAGACGCUGCUCUGCUCCAUGAGGACGGGGGAGGUUGCGGAGUUCUGGUGCGAUGCCAUCCACACAGGGAUGUACGCCCUGGUCUCCAAGGGCAUGCGGAGGAUCGCGGAGGGCCGGGACCCCCUGGAAGGGCAGAAGCACCGCUGCGGCAUGGGCAACAUGUUUGACUACCACAGCACGGGUUACGAUGACCUGGAUGAACUGCAGCGGACACCUCAGCCCCUCAUCUUCAUCAUGGAGCUGUUCCGGGUGGAGGAGCCCUCAGCCUACAAACGUGACACCUGGGCCAUGAGCAAGGAGGAGAAGCUGGCGGCCGUGCCUGUGCUGCACAGCGAGGGGAACCGCCUCGUCCUCCAAAAGGACUUCCAGCGCGCAGCCGAGAAGUACCAGGAGGCUGUCAUCUGCCUGAGGAACCUCCAGGCCAAGGAGAAGCCAUGGGAGGAAGGCUGGCUGAAGCUGGAGAGCCUGGUCACACCGCUGGUGCUCAACUACUGCCAGUGUCAGCUGGAGCUGGGAGAGUACUACGAGGUGCUGGAGCACACCACGGAGCUGCUCCAGAAACACAACGACAAUGCCAAGGCCUAUUUCAAGCGGGCGAAGGCGCACGCGGCCGUGUGGAACGAGCGAGAGGCGCGGGAGGAUUUCCUACGCGUGGCCCACCUCGACCCCGCCAUGGCGGCCGCCGUCAAGAAGGAGCUGAAGCUGCUGGGGGAGAGGAUGAGGAAGAAGCACGUGGAGGAUCGGAAACGUUAUCAGGGGCUCUUCCAGCAGCCCCGGGGGGGGAGGGCUGGCAUGGGUGGGAAGCAGCAGGAGGAGGAAAGGAAGGAAAGAGAGAAGGGGGAAGAAGAGGUGGGGAAUGUGGAGGAGGAGGAUGGGGUAGAAGAAGUGGAGGCAGUGGUGGAGAAACAAGAAGGGAAGAAAGAGACGGUGGAAGAGACAGUGGAGAAGGAAGAAGAGAAGGAGAAAGUAGAAGAGGAGAACUCAGCAGCAGAGAUGGAAAAGCUGGCUGAAGGGCAAUGUGAGGAAUCAGACAAAGGAGAGCUCAUGCUGGGGAAGGAAGCUGGUGGGGCUAACAGAACUGGAGCAAAGAGCGUGGCUGGGGAGGAGUCAGGCAGAGCUGCAGAGCAGGCACCUGCAUAUUUGGACCAGGGGACAUUCCAGGGGGAGCUGGGGAAGGGCAGCUGUGGGGGACAGCAAGCAGACAGCCUCCCCUCCACCAACAUAACCAAUGGGGCAGUGCUUCAGGCUGGGCCAUUGGGUGCAGAUGAGGAGCUGGAUGGGGGAACAGAAACGCCCCCCUACCUCACACCAGUUGAGGAAAGGGGUGGUGCAACCUCAGGACUGGGGGCACCCCUGGAACAGUGCAGGGAGACCAAAGAGCUUGAGGCCCCUGCAAUGGGGCACAGGCAGGCCUGA